GCCGAGGACGUUGCUUCUCUUCCCCUGCUUGCGACACGCGUUUUUUUCCUCCCCCAGGGUCAGCCGCUCAGUCUGCACAUGUAUCAAUCCUUCUCCGCUUCGUGGACUGCCAACUUACUCUGCGGAGAAUGUGGUUUCCUUGCAAUAAGCUCUUUGUGUUCCCAUCAUGUUGGAGAAGACAACUGAGUGGAGUGUUAGACUCAAUUAAAUGGCAGAAGAGGCGAAUCCCAAGAUGCAGCAGAACUAUUUUUAGUGAAACAGGAAAGUGGGAACAAAAUUAUACAGCGGAGACCAGGAAGAAAGUUGAAAACUGGUGGCGUUCAAGAAUAAAGCAAUCGUUCAGCAAAAUCACAGAAACAGAUAAAUCAAAGCCAAAGUAUUAUAUCCUGUCAAUGUUUCCAUAUCCUUCUGGAAAGCUUCACAUGGGCCAUGUUCGAGUAUAUACCAUAAGUGACACGGUAGCACGGUUUCAAAACAUGAGAGGAUUGCAGGUGAUAAAUCCAAUGGGAUGGGAUGCAUUUGGAUUACCAGCAGAGAAUGCAGCAGUUGAGCAUGGAUUUCAUCCUGCAGAGUGGACCCAAAGUAAUAUUCAACACAUGCGAGAGCAGCUUGAUGUAAUAGGCUUGUCUUUUAGCUGGGAUCGGGAAAUAAUUACUUGCUCUCCUGAGUACUACAAGUGGACACAGUAUCUUUUUAUUAAACUUUAUGAAGCUGGUUUAGUCUAUCAGAAUGAAGCAACGGUGAAUUGGGACCCAGUGGAUCAGACUGUCCUUGCUAAUGAACAAGUUGAUGAAAAUGGCUGUUCAUGGCGUUCAGGAGCAAAGGUGGAAAAAAAAUACCUCAAACAGUGGUUCAUUAAGACAACUGCUUAUGCAAAGGCCCUGCUUGAUGGCUUGUCAGAUCUCCCCAAAUGGUAUGGAAUAAAGGAAAUGCAAGCUAAUUGGCUUGGGGAUUGCACUGGAUGCUAUUUUGAGUUUAUGUUAAAAAUUAAUAACAAGCCAACAGGAGAACGAAUAGUAGCAUAUGCCUUGGCACCUGAAGCUAUAUAUGGUUCAUCCCAUUUGUAUAUCUUACCUAACCAUAGAUUGUUAUGUGGAAAUAGCCAUCUGAAAGAAAUCUUCCAGAAGGAGUUCGUUCAAGGAAAAGACUCUCUUACCUCAGUGACUGCUAUGAAUUUACUCAUCAAUCAGGAAAUUCCUGUAGUCAUCUCUGCAAAAUCAGAGUUUGAAGGCUGCCUUGAUUUUAAAAUAGGAAUCCCUUGCAUUAGUCCUGAUGAUGCUGAAGUUGCUAAAAAAUUGGGUCUUGCUUUUGAUGAAGUAAUUGAAACAUUUCCAGAUGGCUCAGAGAGACUGAUAAACUCUGGAGAGUUUACAGGUAUGACUAGAGAAGAGGCAUUAAACGCCAUCACUCAGCAAGCCAAAAAUAAAGGCGUAGGAGGAUACCUAACAAGUAGUAAAUUAAAAGAUUGGCUGAUCUCACGACAGCGUUACUGGGGAACCCCGAUUCCCAUCAUUCAUUGUCAGAAUUGUGGCACUGUUCCUGUACUUUAUGAGGACUUACCUGUGCAAUUGCCCAAUAUUACUUCCUUUAAAGAAAAAGGUGUCUCACCUUUACUUUCCACUUCACACUGGGUUAAUUGCACAUGUCCAAGAUGCAAGAAGCCUGCAAGGAGAGAGACUGACACAAUGGAUACAUUUGUUGAUUCAGCUUGGUAUUAUUUAAGAUACACUGAUCCUCAUAAUACUGAGAGGCCUUUUGACAAAGAUUUGGCUGAUUACUGGAUGCCUGUAGAUCUGUACAUUGGAGGAAAGGAGCACGCAGUCUUGCAUUUGUAUUUUGCCAGGUUUUUCAGUCAUUUUUGCCAUGAUCAGAAUAUGACUAAACACAAAGAGCCUUUUCAUAAGCUUUUAGUUCAAGGCCUAAUCAAGAAUCAAACAUUCAAACUACCAAAAACUGGCAAGUAUUUGAAAAGAGAAGAAAUUGAUUUUUCUGGUUCUGAACCCAUUCAUGCAAAAACCAAAGAGAAACUGCAGGUGAUGUGGGAAAAAAUGAGCAAAUCGAAGUACAAUGGAAUAGAACCUGAAGAUAUAAUCCAGAAGUAUGGAAUUGAUACAGUCCGGCUAUACAUCCUGUUUACUGCCCCUCCAGAGCAAGACAUCUUGUGGGAAGCAAAGACUGAUGCAAUCCCUGGAGUGCUACGAUGGCAAACUCGCAUCUGGCACCUAGCAACUAAAUUUAUAGAAGCCAGAAAUUCUGGUCCUCUGCCCAGUCCUCACUUACUUAACCAGAAAGAUAAAUUGAAUGCCAAACACAUCUGGAAGCAGAAGAACUUCACUGUCUCUGAGGUAACAGAAUACUUCCUGGAGGAUUAUUUAUUUAAUGGUAUAAUUUCUCGGCUGAUGAGCCUCAGUAACAUUUUGUUGCAAGCCUCUGAACAGCUUGUUUUCCACAGUGCAGAAUUUGAAGAUGCUCUGGCAACUCUCCUUGUUAUGCUUGCCCCAUUAGCACCGCACCUGACUUCAGAGAUAUGGAAAGGUCUGUCACAUGUUCCAAACAAACUCUGUACUCAUCACCACUGGGACAUGGAUGUACUGCAGCAGCCUUGGCCUACUGUAGACCCAGAAUAUUUUCAGCUGCCAGACAUAGUGGAAGUGUCAGUCCUGGUCAAUAAUAAACUCUGUGGUAAAGUUAAAGUACCCCAGCAAGUAUCCCGAGAUGCAGAAGUAGUUUGUGAACUGGUUGUUCAAAGUGAACUGGGGAGUGAAUACCUUCAAGGAAGAACAAUUACAAAGUUCUUCUUGUCUCCUCGAACCGCUCUUAUCAACUUCCUCAUCCAGGACUAACAAGCAGAGAUAUUUUCUUAGAAUUGCAUGUGUAACUGUGGCAGAAUUCAAUAAAAGACAUCUUUAUUUCAGUGAAGAUCAAAAAAGGGGACCCGAUGACCUCAUUCAACAGCUUCAAGAGUUAAUCAUUUCUCUUUGUAGUCUCUGUGGAUCACACAUAAUCUUGUAUUGCAGAAAUUUAUUCCUGAUUACAAUAUAAAAGCAAAUCAUGGAGGCCAAAGUUAAAA